CGUUGCUGUCAGUAAUAUACAUCACCAAACUAUAGUUCUAGGACCCAGUGGAGACAGCGAUUAAACGUCAUCAACACGCAACAAACCAGAAGUGCGUCAUCAGUUGCGCCUCACUCAUUGGGAUAGCAGGCUCAGAAUGAGUUUUUAAAAUCGUUUUGGGCAUUGAAUGAAAUAAUGACAACUUUAACACGCCAAGAUCUUAACUUUGGACAAGUUGUAGCUGACAUAUUAUGUGAGUUUCUGGAAGUUGCUGUUCACCUUAUACUUUAUGUUCGGGAAGUUUACCCGAUUGGGAUUUUCCAGAAGAGAAAGAAGUAUAAUGUGCCAGUACAGAUGUCCUGUCAUCCCGAGCUGAACAGAUAUAUCCAGGACACCCUACAUUGCAUUAAACCGCUCAUUGAGAAGAAUGAUGUGGAGAAGGUGGUCGUAGUUAUCUUGGACAAGGAGCAUCACCCGGUAGAAAGAUUUGUCUUUGAGAUUGCUCAGCCCCCUCUGCUUUCCAUCAGUUCGGAUUCUCUGCUGUCGCACGUAGAGCAGCUGCUUCGAGCGUUUAUUCUUAAGAUCAGUGUCUGUGAUGCUGUCCUAGACAAUAACCCACCAGGUUGUACGUUUACUUUGCUGGUUCAUACAAGAGAGGCAGCUUCUCGAAAUAUGGAAAAGAUUCAGGUUAUAAAGGACUUCCCCUGGAUUUUAGCUGAUGAGCAGGACGUUCAUAUGCAGGAGCCGCGGCUUAUACCGCUGAAGACGAUGACUUCAGAUAUCCUGAAGAUGCAGCUUUAUGUAGAAGAGCGAGCGCAGAAGAGCACGUGAGCACGAUGUUUUACCCAGUGCCGUAUGAAGCGUUUCACUAAACUGUAUUGUUUGUGUUCCUGGAAUCAUUACGCCAUUUAAUAAUAAAACCCGUCUUUGUGAGCGUUGCUAA